AUGGGGAGCCCACAGGCCAUUGCCACGGACACGCAAGAGCCCCAAAAUCUCACCUUAUUGGUGCGUGCUUUGUUGGCCGACCGCCCCGAUGGUGCCUCCUCGAGCAUCGAUCGCCCGGGCUCCUGUCAUCGGGGCUGCAUUCCCAAACAACCUGACUCGCCGACAACGCCUCGUGUUGCGACAGGGUUCGGGCCAAACGGGGCUCUCACCCUCCCCGGUGCCCCUUUCCAAGGUACUUGGGCCCGAUCCAUCACUGAGGACGCUUCUCCAGACUAUAAUUCGAGCUACUACAUGGCAGCCCGAUUCCAAUGUUGGGUCUAUCCCGGUUCGCUCGCCGUUACUAGGGGAAUCCUCGUAAGUUUCUUUUCAUCUUUCCCUCGCAGUACUUGUUCGCUAUCGGUCUCUCGCCUAUAUUUAUCCUUGGACGGAAUUUAUCGCCCGAUUAGGGCUGCAUUCCCAAACAACCUGACUCGCCGACAACGCCUCGUGUUGCGACAGGGUUCGGGCCCAACGGGGCUCUCACCCUCCCCGACGCCCCUUUCCAGGGUACUUGGGCCCGGUCCGUCGCUGAGGACGCUUCUCCAGACUAUAAUUCGAGCUGCUACAUGGCAACCCGAUUCCAAUGCUGGGCCUAUCCCGGUUCGCUCGCCGUUACUAGGGGAAUCCUCGCAAGUUUCUUUUCCUCCGCUUAUUGAUAUGCUUAAACUCAGCAGGUGGCCUCGCCCAUCCUGGGGUCGCAUUCGAUACGCCAUCCAUGGAUUAGCACAUGAAUUGGGAUCACCUAAAAAGUAUGAUCAUCUCUCGGGCGCACUUAUCACAAUAGCAAAGGCCUUUUUUAAUCCACCCCUUAUUGUUGGCAGCCAACGAGAAGAUGACCCGCCCUUCAGCCCGCCGCAUCAAGGGGCACGAGGAGCCACCAUGCACAUCCGAGCCUUAGUAACACAUCCAUGGAUGGGAGAUUAG